UCAGGGGCCACAGCUGGUGGCCAUAGUAUUUCAUGAACAACCUCUUUAAAUGUUAGUCAUUUACUGAGUGAUCUACAUUUAACCAACACUGCACAAAAUGGGUCAGCGAAGUCUUGGGAGAAUAUUGGAUUGACAUCUGCAGUUUAUCAGAUCGUAGCCUCAUACGGAAUCUGAAUGCAAUUCCUUUUCGCAUGUUAUUGAUUUGGGAUGUGUAGUCAUCUGGUUCAACUUUGGCUAUUUAAGUCUUCGAAACAAAAACUACACAUCCCGUCGGACGUCGCGACUCAUUGCUUCGCGACCACUUUCACACUGGAGUUCUUUCUAAUCAAAAACCCGUCUCAUGAUUUAGUUCAUUAAUAAAUAAUACUUGUUCGCUGUCAUGGCGGAAUCCGCAACCUGUCCUGCUUUCCAGCUGGGUAGACCUCGGUAUGAUCAGAGUUCGUUCUUUGGUCGUCUGAGACACGUGGUGGACAUCAUUGACCCCAGAACUCUCUUUGUGUCUGAGAGACAACUGGGAGAGUGUGUGAAACUGCUCGAUGAUUUCAAACAUGGGACUGUUCCGCCAGGAGUGUCAGAUGUACAGCUAUGGGAAGCACAAAAAAUUAAGCAGGCUAUCAUUCAUCCUGACACAGGAGAGAAGAUCUUCAUGCCAUUCAGAAUGUCAGGAUAUGUCCCAUUUGGAACACCAAUUGUCAUCGGCCUUCUUCUCCCAAAUCAGACUGUGGUGUCCACCAUUAUCUGGCAGUGGCUGAACCAGAGUCACAAUGCCUGUGUCAACUACGCAAAUCGCAAUGCUACCAAGCCGACGCCAACGUCCAAGUUCAUGCAAGGAUACACUGGAGCCGUUACUAGUGCCGUCUCUAUUGCUGUAGGAUUGAAUGUACUCAUUCAGAAAGCCAACAAAUUGAGCCCUGCAACACGAAUGAUCAUUCAAAGACUUGUUCCCUUUCCAGCUGUGGCCAGUGCCAACAUAUGCAACGUGGGUCUCAUGAGACACAAUGAGCUGUCGGAGGGCAUUGAUGUGCUGGACUGCAAUGGAAAUGUGGUGGGCUCCUCCAAGAUCGCCGCCAAGCAUGCAAUCAUGGAGACAGCCUUUACACGAGUGGUGCUUCCUAUGCCAAUCUUUGUCCUCCCCCCAAUCAUUAUGUCCUACCUAGAAAGACUCCCAUUCCUGCAGAGCAAUCGGAGGUUGUUGUUGCCCAUCCAUAGCCUGGUGUGCUUGGCUACCUUCAGCCUCUCCCUGCCCCUGGCCAUCAGCCUCUUCCCCCAGAUGUCCCAGAUUGAGGUGUCUCACCUUGAGCCGGAGAUUGCCAUGGCAACGGAAAGCAAGGUGGUGACCUACAACAAGGGCUUGUGAUGGAUGAUCCCUUGGGGCGGGGUGGGAGACGUCGAGGGAGACACAGCAGAACUGGGAUGCAGAUGAGACCACUCUGUGUACAGUUGUCACGGUCUCUGUGUGGGUCUCCUCCCCCCAGGAAAACUGCCCACGGCACCAAGCACCUUCUGCUGCAUUAAUAUAGCAUGGACUAGAUUAUUAAGCAUUAAGCAAUGGUUUUAAUCAAAUAUAUUACCUACAGUUUAAUGUAAAAAAAGGGAGAAGGAGAAAAACAUAGUAUGUCUAUUGAAGUAAUAUAAUAUAUGACUAGGGAACAUCAUGUGAAGCUGCUUUAUGUACUGUACCACUAGGGGUUUGAAUAAGUGGUGCAAUUAAAUCAAUUCAAGAGACAUUUAGGUAGUCGAUAGUCAUGGGUAUACAGAAGUAUAAGAUAGUAAGGUUUACUGUGAAAUAACUUCUACUAAUUAAUGGUGAUAGCAAAAUGGUAACAGGGUCUCAUCUUAAUAGUCUGAUUUUUAAAGGACCAAUUUGCGCAAUAAAUGUUUUUACACAUUCCGUUUUAAUACAUUCCUUCAGGAUAAUUGCAAUAACAGUACCGGCCGACUGUUGAACUUUUGAAUUACUGACUUUUGUACAGUGAAAUGCUUUGCUACAGUAAUAUUGCUUGAACAUAUUGUACUAACAUUAUAUUAUAUCAUAAUAAAAACUGUUGUGAUUCAUUGAACAUUGUGAAUGGAAUUUCUGCCACUCAAAAUGUAUUGCU